AUGAAAAUUUGGUUGGGUUUUGAUGUGGACGCUUCAUAUUUCAGAUUGAACAAUGUGUUCAUCAUCGGUAAGGGCACAAAAGCAUUGGUAAGUUUACCGGGUGCAACGAAGGGUGUAAGAUGCGCCAUGGUAAUAAAAUCAUCAAAACUGUGGGCAGUGUUGCAAGGAAUAGUGUGUGUUCAUAAAGCGAGAGACGUUUCGUUGGCAGCACUCAAAAAGAUUCUCACAUCAGCAAUAUGCGCGAAUGCAAAUGCUGCGGUUCGAACACCUGAACAGCAACUGCCUUUAAUUGAAAUGCCCAUCGUUGAACCUCAUCCCAAAUCGCAAGCAUUGGUCAUUACAGGCUUACGGAAACAACUUGAUUACACGCAUCAUCCGUUGGUUGUUGGUGAACCGUUUCGGAAAGAGGACAUCCGAGUUGAAGAACUCAAUUAUAUGGAACCAACCAGUUGUGGAGUUUGUCGUGAGCAUUUUCUUGUU